CCAAUUUGUUCUGCCCUCAAAUUCCAAUUGCGUUCAUUUUCACUUGUAGAACAGAAGUUCACUUUCCGUAUUCUCGAAAACUGAAAUUCGUGACUUGGUGGUAAUGGCAGCAUUGCUUAGAGCGAGAGAUGGCAAGGCAAUAUUGGCUCCAUCAAUUCGCCUCCUUCGCACGACGUUGACGCCACUGGAUUGCGGUGGCGCGCAGCGUCGCGCCUCCACCAAAUCCUUCAAAUCUUCGCCGCGGCUUGUGGAGGUUCAGCGGCUCUUGUAUCAGGCGGAGGAGCGUUACAAGCCGUCUGGAGGCGUCGAGCCUAUCCCCAGAGUAACGCUCGACCAUGUUAAAAUAAGCUAUGCAAACAGUGGUGGGGGAGGGCAAGGUUUCAACAAAGCGGUAAACACAAAGGUGGACAUGCGGUUCAAUGUAAAAACUGCACAAUGGUUGGAUGAAAAAGUGAGAGAAAGGAUCAUGCAAAUGGAGAAGCACCGGAUCAACAAAGAUGGGGAGAUUGUAAUUUCUUCAAAGAAGAGUAAAGCUCAAAAGAGCAAUGCUGAAGAUGCCAUUGCAAAACUACAGGUAUUCAGUUACCAAAAGAAGAAAUUACAGGCAAUCAUUGAUGCUGCUUCAUAUGCCCCAGUACCUCCUUCAAAAGAGACGCUAAAAAAGAUUGCCGAGUUGUCCAUUCUUGCAGAGGAAAAACGAGUAGAGAAGGAGAAAGCCCAAUUGCAAAAGAAACUGCUCUGAAGAGUAAACAGGAAAGCGCAGUUGGUGUUUCUGUUGCGUUUCUACUUAAGCUGGGCAAACAAUCAACUGCUGUCGCCAUCAUUUUAAAAUAGUGCAUGAAUUGACAUUGAAAAGGAAGAUUCCUCUACCAUGUAUGUGACUUAGGAGGAAACUCCAGACGAAUUCUUUGAUUUUGGCUGUUUGUCUGAGAUUGGUCAUAAUAACUCACUCUUUCAUUUUGUAGAUUUUUUCUAGGAUCUAUUGUUUUGUGAAGAAAACAGCUACAUCGAAAAACAGCUUCAUAUAAAUUUAUCGAAGUAAGCUGUUUGUAUCUACUCCCUCCGUCCCACAAUAAGAGUCAUGUUUUGUCA